UGUUGCCUUCGUCUGGACCUUAGACCAUACAGAAUGAAGUUAUUUUAACGGAUUACGCCGUUAUAGUGGUCAAAAACAUUCAAAUAGUGUUCCACGAUUUUUCCUUAAAAUCGAUAGAAACGGUGUACCUUCGUAAGUGUAUGUCGUGUCAAAACUGGGAUUUUUUCAUCUGGACAUAUGGCAAGGUUAGACUUCCAUGCACUGAUUGACAGUUCAAAAAUGACAGUACAGUCAAGAGAAAACUCAUCACAUUGCCUGACAUAAUUGAUACCUGAUGAUAACAAACAAGAAAUAACAGCACUGUCCAUUGGCUGGCACUCUCAGCCUUUGUCCUAUAUUUAAGAAGGACAAACAAUUGAAGAUGAACGACCUUUCUCCGCACUUGAUAUGCAAUGGAAUUGAUAACAAUCGAAGUAAGAUCGCGCAUACGUUCUUGCAACAUAUUCAUCUUGACUCGGGACAUUGUGGAAAAAAGUGCGAUACAGUUGAAGCUCAAAGAAUCUGUGAUAAUUCUUCAAAUUGGAAGCCAAACAAAAUUUCUACCACUGCAUUUUAUAAAAAUUAUACCAAAAACUCUUUCUUCGUUGACUGUUGCCGACAACUGGAUCUCGCUCAGAGUACAGACCCAACCGAUCGAAGGUUCAUAUGGAUCAUUCAAAACUGAGAUAGUUUCUACACCUGGAGAUUCGAUCACUGAUUUUCCAAGCAAUCCCAUGAAUAUUGAACACCGAUUAAAAGAAAAAAACUGUUGCCUGCGAUGCUCACGUUGUAAGAAUGACAUCACUAAAGUAGUUUUCUUCAAACGAGUGCUACCCUUACCCUCAAAUAUCUGUGAACCGAGUGAAUGGUUUUGUUGCAAUCAUGAUGGCAAUGAUUACUCAGUUAUCCCAGACCCCAAGGAGUCGGAUUGUUUUUACGAAAAGGAUUACAGACUGUUGAACAAGGCAAUUUUUAAGAAGGAACUGAAAAUCGAUGAAGAUAGUCAAACAGUCACGUGCAAUAGAUGUUUAUCUACACUUGGGGGUCAUUCUACAUAUAAAGAUAGCAUUAAGAUAUGGAAUUGCUGCAUAGAAUUUAAAUUUUCAGAUGAUGAAUCUGACAUUGAAAAAGCUUCAGAUCCAUUGCAAGAUUUCAUCUCAAUUGUUAGCAAUCGAACCGAUAUCUUCACGGGUAAUCGAAUCGUAGUCGAAACUUUGGAUGGUGAACGUUCCCAUUACCUGAUUUUGCAGGUAAUGGAUAAGAAUUUAGAAUUAUUAAUAGAGAAGGAUUGUGCCAUUUUAAAUAAAGCUGAUACAAUUGAAUUGGCAUCUAGUCGAGUGACCAAACUUUUAUACAAGUACACAGAAAAUGAGACAGAGAUGAAAAGCUACUGUGUUGAUAUAGAACGGUGUCAAGUAGCUUUGCCAGUCAUGCUGGCUGCUGUUGAUCAUCUUUCAUCAUCCACAAAACGAUAUCCUCCGUCGUACAGAAUUAUUGAUAAAUAUUUUGUAGGGUUUGUUUACUUAUAACGAUACUUCGACAAAGACCCAUUCUUACUUGUCUUCGGCUUAAUUAUUAUAGAUAAGUCCAUAUGAAGAAAAAUGGCCUGGAAUUUUAACAAUUAUUUAAUAUUACUGCUUGUUAAUUUUUUCCUUUUUUUCUGAAGUGUGUAAGGAAAUAUGAGCAGAUGCCAAUUCAAAUAGUCACAAGUACGGAAUUGAAUCACUUUUUCUUUCAGGAUUUCUAAGUUGACAAUGCUAUCGGUUCUCUUGCAUUGCGCAAUUAUAUGUAUCGAUUAUUGAAAACUUUGUCGUUAGCUGUUCAUGUUUCAUCUUUUCAUAACCAACUCAUUCAUUAAUGUCAAUGUUGACUGUUUCAAGAAAAUUCAUGGAACUAACUGAUGAUACCGACUUUGAAGAAAUAGAAACAUUAAUUUCAAUUGACAAUUACAUUACUGGCAGCAUAAACAAAUGUUCAGAUAUUAUGUAUGAGUACAGCCAGACCCCGGAAUAAGUGCUCCUGCAAUCAGCUAGUUUCCUCCGUUUCUCAGUCAAUUUCAGGAACAGGAGGCCUUCUCUCCCACUGAGACUUUGGCUUCAGUUGAACUUUGUAUCCCAACCUAUGAAUAAGCAUGCCUAGUUAAACAAAUUAUUGAUUAUUGAGAAGUCACGCAUUAAAAUAAAUAAUUAGAGACAAACGAAGCAGAGGGACGUGAGGAAUAGCAUGUGGUAGGGGUAUAGCGAUUCUCAAAAAAAAAAUUUCUCCUUGCCAGUCUAGGCGCACUUAUUCCGGGGUCAGACUUUAUAUAAAAUGACAGUGUUUCAGUGAGGACUAUGAAAAAUGAUGUUUAAGCUAGUUAAUAUUUAGAGAGCAGGGCGCUGGACGGCUGUUUUCAAUGACAUCAAAAAAUGCCACACAGGUGUUUGUUUAAUUUAGCAUUAUCUUGAGAGAACAUUGUGUCUCUGUCUCUCUUCCAUGAACAUAAGUGAGUACUUAUAAAAUUUUAUUAUUUAUGAGCCAUAUUUAUUUAGGUAUUGGA